AUGACUAAUAAAACAAUCAGUGAAUUGGUUGCUCUUGACCCCGUAUCUACCUCACGUUUUAUAGAUAACAAGUUUCAUGCAAUGUUAGACUUAAUAACUAGUUCAGAUGAGCCUUUAGGUAAGAUUAUUCAUUACUUUUGGCGUCGAGAGCACCAAUCUAGGGGUGCUCAGCACUUCCAUUUAAUGUUAUGGGUUAAGGAUGCACCUAUUUUGCAUAAGUCAUCUAUAGACGAGGUAGCGUCAUUUAUUUCUAAAUACGUGACAUGUGCCAUUCCAAAAAAAGAUAUUUCUCCUACUUUACAUCAACGGGUCACUUCGUAUCAAAUGCAUAAACAUAACAGUUAUUGCAUGAGGAGAAAGAAAACGAAAAAAGGAUUCGUUUCAGUUUGCCGUUUUGGAUUUCCUCGAACUGUGACGGAUUCUCUUAUCAUAAGAGACAUUUUUCAAACUAUAGCGGCAAGAAAAACUCUCAGCUCUAAUAAUCGUCUCUACAAUAUUGUCCGCUCAAAAGAGUCAGAUAUGAUUAAUGACUACAAUCCCGCUUUGUUGUUGGCGUGGAAUGGAAAUAUUGACAUUCAAUAUGUUGGAGAGAAAACAGGCAUUUUGAACUAUUAUGUGACCAAGUAUACUACUAAAAGUGAAAAGACCCAUAUAACGCACAUGUUUAACGAUAUUAACUCUACAAAAAGUCUUAAAAGGGAGCUUUAG